GCCAGCCAAAAAGCAAGGAGAGGCCAGAGCCGCUGUUCUGUGCAGCCCACUCGAGGAUGUCUCCCAGCCUGCAGGAAGGGGCUCGGCAUGGGGAAAGCAAACCCUCGCCCUGCUCCUUUUCAAUUGAGAGCAUUUUGGGAUUGGACCAGAAGAAAGACUGUGUUCCAUCAAUGAAACCCCACAGGCCCUGGGCAGACACCUGCGGCUCCUCAGGGAAAGAUAUUAACCUAUGUGUACAUAUCCCGAGCCUUCCUAACGGGAUCUCAUUCCCUUAUACUGUGGAUCGUCCAGUGCCAGAAGACAGAUUUUUGAAAUAUGAAAAUUACUUUUCACCCUCAGAAAGACUGUCUUUGAAAAGAGAACUGAGUUGGUAUAGAGGACGAAGACCAAGAACCGCUUUUACUCAAAACCAGAUUGAAGUGUUGGAAAAUGUCUUUAGAGUAAACUGCUAUCCUGGCAUUGAUAUCAGAGAAGACUUAGCUCGAAAACUGAAUCUAGAGGAAGACAGAAUCCAGAUCUGGUUCCAAAAUCGGCGUGCAAAGCUGAAAAGGUCCCAUAGAGAAUCACAGUUUCUAAUGGCGAAAAAAAAUUUCAACACGAAUCUCCUGGAGUAGACGGAAAACUGACCACGUGAGAUUAUUUUACAAUUGCAGAACCCGAGGAAUCAAUGGAGAUAUGAAAUUUUAAAAAGUGUGAUCUUUUCUGCAUUUAAUCUGAGUGUUGUCAUUUUUCUUCCGAAAAUAUAUUGUAAAUAUUCACUAUUAAAACAUGGUACCUAUUAUACAUGGGCACUUUUAGUUACAAUAAAGGCCUUUCCUAUAUAUUUUAAUAAACAUUUUCAGAAAAAGCCAGCUAUUUUUUAAGUGAGCAAAUUUAAUCUAAGAAACUAGUUCGCUAAAAUCAGCAAGCUCAUGACUAAGUGACUCCACAAGCUGGAUUCUAUUUACAGAAUAAUUCAAGUAAAAUAAUCUGGAGAAUGGCACAAAGAUAUGCUCUGUUUCAAUUAGUUUUCUUCAAGUGCAUUUUGAAACAUGAUUAUUAGCUCCUCUUAAUUUCUGACAUACAGCAGUGAAACUUUCUCACCACGUAUCAAUACAAAUCCUUCUGGCAUGUUUCCUUCUAACAGUUUCAAGCUGUUUUUUUUUUUUUUUUUAAGCAAAAUCAUUAUGCCAAAGUAGAGAUAGAAAGACAUCAGUUGUCAUAUUCAUACCCUUGGUAUUAUAUUGCAAAAAGGAUUGAGCUGCAAAUACAUGCAAAUUUUAAAAUAUUUUCCUAGCUAUUUAAUGUUGUGUUUUACUUUCAUUCAUUAAAGGAAUAAUGAUCA